AUGUUGCUCGAGAAUUACAAGUUGACGUCCAGGGUGCAGGAGCAGUUGCCGUUCACGAAGGAGCACUUGCCGCCAGCCCACGAGGGUUGGGCGAUGGACGCGUUCAAGGGGGCAUGCAACAUGGCGCUGCGGCUCCAAGCGCUGAAGUACCAGGCGAACAUUUUGCACUUGGAGAUCCUGCAGGACCCACCUGCCGUGCGCUGCAAGCGAGCGUUCAAAGUGGGUGAGCUCGUCAGACUUGUGCUUCCGCAAUCGUCCGCGCCCCCCUCCGACGACGCCGCGCAGCAGCGCUGCGCUGAGCACGAGGUAGCGAGGAUUUCGGGGCACGUCAGCACGGGCUGCGUUGCGGAGAGCAUCUCGUUGGGGAAGGUUGGCCUCUACGAGUUCUUCGUGGGCCCGCAGUUCGCAGGGCCCCCCGCUGAGGGGUCGCGGGGCCCCGACGCCUUUGUCAGCCCCUUCUGGGCGGUGGCAAAGUCCGACUCAGAGCCCAACAUGGAGCUCCGAAAGGAGACCGCGACGUUCGGGACAGGCGUCAACAAGGUGCAGGUGGGGGUGCCCCAGAUGCAUAACACUUGCGCCCUGUCCGCGGGCGACUUCCCGGUGGUGAAGCCGUGGCCGCGGCUGCAGCCGCGGCCAGCCAAGAAGCUCAGGACGGCCUGA